CCGAAAUCGUCGAUUAGUUCGUUGGGAAACGUUGAACAGAUCAGAUCGCUUUGUUGAAAAAGACACAAUCUUCAAAAGGCGAAGUUCAUUCCCAUUUAUUACUUUUUUAUUCGAAUCGUGGAUUAUCAGUGGAAAGUUUAUCGAACGGACAGCUGAUUAGAAUAUUGUACCAUGUCCAAGACUCCAGCCGUUGGUAUCGAUUUGGGAACGACGUACUCCUGCGUCGGAGUGUUCCAGCAUGGCAAGGUGGACAUCAUUGCCAACGACCAGGGCAACCGCACCACGCCGUCCUACGUGGCCUUCACCGAUUCUGAACGUUUGAUCGGCGAUGCAGCGAAGAAUCAGGUGGCCAUGAAUCCAAAUAAUACCAUUUUCGAUGCCAAACGCUUGAUUGGUCGCAAGUUUGACGACCCAACUGUACAGGCUGACAUGAAGCACUGGCCAUUUGAAGUGAUCAGCGAUGGCGGCAAACCCAAGCUACAGGUUGAGUACAAGGGUGAGAAGAAAAGCUUCUUCCCGGAGGAAGUUUCUUCCAUGGUUCUGGUCAAGAUGAAGGAAACCGCUGAAGCCUACUUGGGAACUAAGAUCGCCAACGCCGUUAUCACUGUACCGGCUUACUUCAACGAUUCGCAGCGUCAAGCUACGAAGGAUGCCGGAGCUAUAUCCGGAUUGAACGUUCUGCGUAUCAUCAACGAACCGACGGCUGCUGCCAUUGCUUACGGUUUGGACAAGAAAGGUGCCGGCGAAAGGAAUGUUCUGAUCUUCGAUUUGGGUGGUGGUACUUUCGAUGUGUCCGUUUUGACCAUCGAGGAAGGCAUUUUCGAGGUGAAAUCCACUGCUGGUGACACCCAUUUGGGUGGUGAGGACUUCGACAACCGAAUGGUCAGCCAUUUCGUGGAAGAAUUCAAGAGGAAGCACAAGAAGGAUCUCUCGAGCAACAAGCGUGCUCUGAGACGUCUGCGUACAGCUUGCGAGCGAGCCAAGCGUACUUUGUCGGCUUCGACUCAGGCCAGCAUUGAAAUCGAUUCUCUAUUUGAGGGUAUCGAUUUCUACACUUCAAUCACCCGAGCCCGAUUCGAAGAACUGAACUCUGAUCUGUUCCGUGACACAAUGGAACCGGUUGCGAAGGCUCUUCGUGAUGCCAAGAUGGAUAAGGGCAGCAUUCAUGACAUUGUUCUGGUUGGUGGCUCGACUCGUAUCCCGAAGGUUCAGAAGCUGUUGCAAGAUUUCUUCAACGGAAAGGAGUUGAACAAGUCGAUCAACCCCGAUGAGGCUGUUGCUUAUGGCGCGGCUGUUCAAGCUGCUAUUCUGCAGGGUGAUACGUCGGAAGCGGUUCAGGACCUGCUGCUCUUGGAUGUCACUCCGUUAUCUCUUGGUAUUGAAACUGCUGGAGGGGUUAUGACUGUCCUGAUCAAGCGCAACACCACUAUACCUACUAAGCAAACUCAGACUUUCACUACUUACUCGGAUAACCAGCCGGGUGUGCUGAUUCAGGUCUUUGAAGGUGAACGUGCAAUGACCAAGGAUAAUAAUUUGCUGGGCAAGUUUGAGCUGAGUGGAAUUCCUCCAGCACCAAGGGGAGUUCCGCAGAUUGAAGUUACGUUCGAUAUCGAUGCCAACGGUAUCAUGAACGUGUCUGCUAUUGAGAAAUCGACUAACAAGGAAAACCGUAUUACCAUCACCAACGAUAAGGGACGUCUGAGCAAGGAAGACAUCGAUCGUAUGGUCAAUGAAGCGGAGAAGUUCCGCAACGAAGAUGAGAAGCAACGGGAGAAGAUUUCUGCCAAGAAUUCUCUGGAAUCUUAUUGUUUCAACAUGAAAUCAACGAUGGAGGAUGCCAACAUCAAGGACAAAAUCGCUGAAUCGGAUAAGACACUUAUUAUGGACAAGUGUAAUGAUACCAUUUCAUGGCUAGAUGGUAACCAAACCGCUGAAAAGGAAGAGUUUGAGCAUAAGCAAAAAGAACUGGAAGCUGUGUGCAACCCGAUCAUUCAGAAGCUGUACCAGGGAGCUGGAGGUAUGCCAGGUGGAAUGCCCGGUGGCAUGCCUGGAGCUGGAGCUCCUCCACCAACCGGAGGUGCCGGACCCACCAUUGAGGAAGUUGAUUAAAGUAUUCAUCUAGAAGGGAUAAUUCUUCAAGAUAAUUUAAAUAAAUUACCAGAAAAAAACCUC